CUUCACCUUCCUAUUCCCUUGACCUGCACCACCUUUCCAGCCCCGGCUAUUCAAUUCAGAUUGCUUGCGACUCAUACGCACUCCCCAGUGGCCAACCUGGGGCAGGAUGGCAGCCGAAGACGAAAUUUCUCCGGCUUCGACCCCUUCAUCCGCAGGUCCUGAGCAGCACGAGAUUGACCCCGGCCCCGCAAGGCCUCCGCCCAGGAAGAGAAGGCGCCUGAUUAUUUCCUGUACGGAAUGCCACCGCAGAAAACAAAAGUGCGACAGGGGCUUGCCAUGUGCGAAUUGCGUAUCUCGGAACAAGCAGGACUCAUGCCGCUAUGAGGCCGGAGCACCCACUGCCAAGGGUCUGCAGAACACGCAGGGUGACGACCAUCUCCCUCGCAGUGGCAGCCAUUUGGGGGACCCUCGUUUCAAAGCCGAAGGCGCGGCUGGGCCUGGCAUGUCAGAUAAGCUAACAAACUUUGGAUAUUCGACAACGGGCUCGUCGUCAUCGACCUUGGGUUUCCUGAGCAAGAUUGACGGGAACAACGCGGAUGAGUCCUCGCUGUCCAGCAUGGCCAUGGGCCGCCAGAGCAGUGGUGAACACUUCGGAAUGAGGGAGAGGUACAAAAGCCUCAUCCGCCAACUGCCGGCGAGGUCAUAUAUUGAAAAGCUCGUGGAUAUGUACUUCAAGGACUUCAACUGGCAGUAUAAUGGCGUUGAUCAGUGGGUGUUCAACAAACAAAUGGCCGAAUGGUAUAGCCUGCCCUUCAGUGUGCUGAAUACGGAGGGCCCGCAAGCUCUCCCGCCUGAUCUAAGGGCCUUCCCAGCUCUUGUGUUCCAGAUGAUUGCCACUGCCCUUCUGAAUCUUCCCCCGGGCCCAGACCCUCUGUUCGAUUCAUUGAAAUAUGCAGGAAGUAUGACCUUUGAGGACUUGGCCCUUGAUUACUCCGAAUCUGGUGUCGCUAUCAUAUCGAUGCUGGGCAAGCGACAGGUUUCUCACACUGCGGUCGUAGCUGGGUUUGUCAGAGCUGCGUUUUUGAAGUAUUCUGGACUCGUCACAGAGGCAUGGCACGCUAUUGGAUCUGCGAUAAGAGACGGACAAGAAUGCGGGCUUCACCGUACCACCCUCGAUCCUAAGCCAAAGAGCGACAAGCUAGAGGAUGUUCUGGAGAACGAAUGGGAGAUACAACGAAGACGGAAAACCUGGAUCAUUCUUAUGAGCUGGGAUGUCCACACAGCUAUCGUCCUCGGUCGACCGACGAGCAUCGACACGACCACCAGGUAUGCACUGCCUUUAGACGCGCCAACGCCAAAAGAUCCCACCAAAGUACCCGUCACUUUGCGGUCAGAUCAAGAUCCUCCGUCUCCUUUGACGAGAACGUUGUGGGUGUACCGCACCACGAUGGCUCUGAGAGACAUUAUCGACCUGGAGAAGGACGGACCAUGUCCAAAGGACUUUGACAAGGUGGAUAAGGUUCACGAGAGUCUUGAGAGGCUAGAAGCCGAGACGCCGGCGUUCUUCCGCACCGAGAACCCGGACACGAGGUGGGAUGACCUGCCGGAGUGCUUCUGGGUGCCUUUGGUUCGAGGCACUGUGCCCCUCCUUUUGACAUUUAACAAGAUGGCCCUCCACAGACCAUAUGUUUUCACGAGGCCACACAGUCGGAAGGAAGCGCUCAAGGCAAGCUUGGAUAUGCUGAACGCCCAGAGGGACCAUUUUGCGACCAUAGGGCCAAAGCAUUACAAGGCGUUCACUUUGUUCUUUGGGACAUUCGAUGCGGUCGUGCUCAUGGCGAGCAUAUUCAUACUCUUCCCAAAGGAGAACGUCGAGUACGUCUCUACGGCGCUCCAACAUUUCCAGUGGGCCAUGGAGCGAUUUGAAACGAUGUCCGAGAGGAACAAGCUCGCCGCAGCGGCCCGGAACGUUCUCAAGGCCGUGCACACCCGGCUCAAGAGCGCUCUCAAAGGCACACAAAAGGUGGAUGGAGUCAGCCUCGAGCAACCCGCUCAACAGUCGGCCACAUCGGCCACAUCGACCACGAAUAGCGAAACAAUGUCCCCAUUCUCCACGAUGACGGGCGGCGGCGACAGCAGCAAGACGAGCCUCCCCACACCUGCUGCCUCCACGGCUUCUGGCGGUUCGGGCGACCCGUUCGGCCCUGUGUCAGGCCCAUCAGGGGCUACGCCCAUCGACCCUGGGCUCUCGGGCAUGGCAGCGAGCGACUGGACGCUGCCCGAGGGGUUCCACUGGAGCUCAAUCCAGCCCGUGUAUGCGAUGGCUGACAUUGCAUACAAUGAUCUCAUGGGGAUUAGCAGCAGCGUUGGGGAAACCACCUCCUCGUUGCCAAACUGGGCCGGAGGGACGCCGCUGCUGAACGAUGUUCCUGACGGAGCAGGGGAGUCACAGUCACAGCCUUGGCUUUUUGGGGGUGACUUUGGGAACGACAGUGUCUGGAAUCUACUGAAUCAAUAUCCAUCUUCUUUCUGAGCUAUGAGCAAUACUACGCAGGUACGUAUCAGGGCGGUGCAAAACCAGGCCCCCCGGGGGGGGGGCCAGAGAGACGCAGGGGCCAGAGGGGGCCAAAGUGGAAGGCCAGACAGGGGGAAAGCUUGCGAAGCCGAAGGUCGGCUAGCACGAACCGCUUCGCUUCGCGCAGUCAGGCAGUCUAAUAAAUCCAAACAUGGUCUACCGUAGAUUUCGUACAUGCACACAAUGUAUCUUGGUGGUCCUGGAGGUGGUCCUGGAGAAGCACAGCACCGGACGGACGGUCGGCAGUGAGAGGGUGGAACAGAGAAAGGAAAAAAGCAUGCGUGCCAAGUCCAAUGUCAGACUG